AUGACUUCCAAUAGCCUCAUGGCCAGUGCCCUGCGCACCGCCCGUCAAUUGACCGUACGCGUCUCCCCCGCAGCGACCCGGAGUUUUGCGACGACAGCUCCCGCGAUCCGGCCUCGGCUGUUCCAGGCAGCACGUCCUGUCGCCGCCUCGAGACAGACUCCUACCGGUCUCAGAUGGUCUUCCGAGUCCGCGACGGGGAGUAAGAUAUACAGCUUUGAGGAGAUCCAAUCUCUCUCCAAAGACUCCGCCAAGCCUAUCCACAUAAUCGACGUCCGCGAGCCCCGCGAGCUGUCCUCCACCGGUCGAAUCCCCGGCGCCAUAAAUAUCCCCAUCACCACCUCCCCCGACAGCUUCCAUAUCACCCCAGAGGAGUUCGAGGACCGGUUUGGAUUCGACCGCCCCCCGCCCCAGGAUGAGCUGGUCUUCUACUGCAAGGCUGGUGUGCGGAGUCGCGCCGCAGCAGGUAUUGCACGGGAGGCUGGCUGGAAGAAUGUUGGCGAGUUCCCCGGCAGCUGGGUGGAAUGGAGCGGAAAGGGCGGCAAGAUUGAGAGGUGA